AUGCCGAAAUUGAAGAAAAUUUCGGUUGAGGUUUGCGCCGCCGGCAGUAUAGUUACUUCCCUAGGCACAGAGAUCGGUUUAGAUUCCACUCUUUGUGAAUCAUACAUUAUCUCGCAAACGGGAAUGCGAUUUGGCAUCGUUGUCAAACCUGAUGAUGAUUUUUUUGCGCCAGAUAUCAUAAUUGACCAACGCGUACAUCCGGACAGGAGAGGAGGUAAUAGGCCCGAAGACUACCCCUACAAUCCUUCUGAAUGGCACCUGUUAGCCGAAGCCUAUCUAGACGAGUGUCUAGUUCCAGAAGCUACAACAAUCGUCUAUCUUCCGUGGCAUGUCAGGGCGGAAGAGCGGUUGAUGGAUAGCAGUAUUACCAGUGAUGGUAAUGGAAAUGCCAUUGAAAGGUUUUGGUAUUUCCAAGAAAUUGGCUUGGAGAAUUUUGUCAAGACCCUUUCAAUGAGUGAUCCUGACGCUAGCAUUGAAAGUGUCCCCACUGGGGAAACUGCUUCGGAUGUUGAGGAAAGCGACCUCCUAGCGAUGAUGCAGAAUCUUAGGACCGAAAGAAGCAAGCGGGAGCCGCUUAUUGCAAAGCCUGGUCAGAUAAGAGUGGUAUUGCGGAAAAUACGCAUUGUUGGCUCUGGAGAUCUAAAUGACCAAGCCCCAGUUGCUCACGAAAGUAAACAAACGAAUUUGGGAGAUUCUAGUCAUAUGAUACAGAUUGGAGAGGCGCUCCCUAUUAAGUUCGUGAAAAGGCGACAUCUUUAUAAAUUUCUUGAGCAAGACAUCUAUGCAAGAUUUGUAUUCAAUUAUCGAUCAGCCGAACAUUUGAAUAAGAUGAAAUUACUUCAAAAGGGGAGGAAUACUCGCCGAGGCGUGGAGGAUGUGGUGCAGUUCUUGAGGCCACUUACAUUCAACGAGCAGGCCAAACAAUCAGAGCUGCCUGAACCGCCGGGGGAGUCGAGGAAACGCCCUACCAGGACUCAGUCCUUGUGCAAGCUGAAUGAUCAGGGCUUGAAGGAUCGGCAUAUUACGGAGCCCUCCCUUGGAGAAUCAUACACUGUUUCGAAGCCCACAAGCAAGCCGGCGGAGCCACUUGGAUUCUCGGGAUUUAAAACUGGGCACCUUCACCCGAAGAGUUUGGGGGGGGGGAAUAGAUACUUCGAGAAACCAGCCGCCAGUGCCAUGAGUUUGAACUCUCAUGUUAUCAAGCAUGACGGGGGGAAAGGUGCAGGUGAAAUAGUAUACGAGUCGAGCGAUAUUGGCAGCAAAUAUUACGAACCUCUUGCGAUCUGGGCUCCAAAUCUCUACCAUCCUCUCAGCCAGGAUACGGAACCUAGGGCCAAUUAUACGACUGGUAACUCUACACAUCGCGUUGCUGGACAUCCUGGAGGGGUUCGUCAUCAAGAUAAGCCCGAAAUUGCUCCCCAAACGCAAGCCUUAGCUAUACCUUCAUACCAAGGCACUCAGGUGACAAAAAGGUUUUACUCGAGUGAAAACCAGGGAGAUAUCACGGAGCCCAACGUCAAGCGAUUUCGCAGAAUGGAUUAG